CCCAGAAAACACACAGACUCGUGAGAAGAUUGUGAGCAGUGCUCUUUUGUGCCUGGAGUAUGACGCUUCGCCUCACGGAAUAUAAACUGUAGUUCUUCAGCGUUGGCUUUGUCAGAUAAAGCACAUUUCUCCUGCUGCGGUGGAGUCAUUGAGCUGUGCGCGCACAGGACACUGAGAUUAUAUGGCAGAACACAUGAUGAUGCCAAUGAACCACGGUCAGGGAAACGGAAGUCUGCACGCCUACCGGAUGGGCAUGAACGGAGGCCUGCAGGCGGGCCCCCAGCAACACGGACCCCAGGCCGGCCUCAGGGCGAUGCCUAACGGACAGAUGAUGCAUUAUGGAGCGGGGCCUCAGGGAAACAUGGAGGCCGCCAUGCGUCAACGGCCCAACAUGGCCGGACCUAUGAACGGACAGAUGGGUCACCACCAAAUGCAGUCGGCUAACAUGAUGUUUAACAAUCAGCAGCCUCAGCAGCAUCACGUUCAACAGCAUCAACAGCACCAACAGCACCACCACAUGCAUCCGACGCAACAACAGCCGCAGCCCCCGCAGCAGCAGCAACAACAACAGUACGUGAGCGGUGGUCUCACAUCCCAACAGCUCAUGGCCAGCAUGCACCUUCAGAAACUCAACACCCAGUACCACGGACACCCGCUGGGACACAUGGCCGGCAACCAUAUGGCCAACAGUGCACAGUUUCGCGUGGGUCAGGCCCAGCUGACCAACAUGCAACACAUGUCUGGACCCGCUCUCAGUUUAAACGGUAUGGACGUCGACUUGAUCGACGAAGAGGUUUUGACGUCGCUGGUCAUGGAGCUAGGGUUGGACAGGGUGCAAGAACUUCCCGAACUGUUUUUGGGACAAAACGAGUUUGACUUUAUUUCGGACUUUGUCAGCAAACAGCAGCCGAGCACAGUUAGCUGCUGAGCCCGAGUUGAACGGACCGAAAGCGAGUGAUGUUACUCUUUUGAUGCGGUAUUUUUGUGACCACGGUCACCAGAGAGAGGUGAUGGCUUUCUUUGGACAGAAAUGUGUGGUCGGGCUCCUGUAAGAGGACGACGGUUCUGCUUUCUUGCUGGAACCUUAAACCGUGUCCCAAUGGUGAAUGUAACAACAUUUCAGGACUGUGAACUUUGUGCAAUGUAAAGACACUCAACCCCUAUUUGUCUUCAGUGCAGUUUUACAUUUAAAAAUUGUAUUUAUUUAUUGCUUUAUCAGACGUGUUAACAUUGAACAAAGCCGCGAUGACGUCUUUUAGAAUGUGUGGCUUAUAGGAAAUGCUAAAUUUAUCCAGGGUACUGAUUAUUUAGACCCAAAGCUUCAUUCGUCCCACAGCUGUGUGAUCCAAAACCGUAAGUCUAACGUUUGGAUGGACGGAUGAUGUUUAGUAACCCUAAACCACUGCUUGCUCACUUGCUCAAUAGUGGUUAACGCCUCUAUCUUUGUCCGAGCUUUAGAGUUGCCUUAAAUCAAGUUGCUUUUAUUUAUUUGUCCCUCAUUGCCUCCAUCCCCCGGUCUAUGGUCCAGGAGGGCUCAAAUCUGUGUGUGAUUUGUUAAUAAAGAUGGCCAAGUUUUAACUCUGGCCUAAUUUUUCAUCAAUCUCUGAUCUUAUUGGUAUGACGAUUAACAGGGAUGAGAUCUGUAAAGGCAUGAGAAAAUGCAUAAAGAAAUGUGCUUUUUGUUUGUAAGAUUAAAGGAGUAUUUUUUUCAUCAUUUAAUCACCCUAAUGUCAUUCCAAACCUGUGAGAUAUUUUGAAGAAUGUCGGUAACCAAAUAACACUGGCCUCCAAUGUCUGAACACAAAACCAGAGAGACGUUUCUCAAAAUGUCUUAUUUUGUAUUCCACAGAAGAAAAAGCAGGUUUUGAAUGAACUUAAGGGUGAAUAAAUGACGGAUAUGUAAUCAUUUAAACCUGGUCAUACAGUUGAAAACUAUAAUUCCCACAACGUGUCUUAUAUAGGUUAUUAACUUAUUAGUUAAAACAUACUCCGCACAAAACCAACCACAAACAACAUUCCUUGGUUAAAACUAAACAUUAUCUUUCAGGCUUAAUAGGGAAUUAAAUAACUACACUUUCAUAUAGCUAGUUCAUAGCACCGUCUCUGUCAGGACGCUUGUAUGUUGCACUUUUAUUGCUAGAACACCGAAUCCUAACCGCUAAGAUGAAGCGCAAACCUUUCACCUACAUACAAAUGAAAUAAAGGUGUGUACGGAGGAGGUAAUGGAAACUGUCCAGGUUAAUCUGUGUUUACAUUGACAAUACGCGGGUUUACACGAACCCUGGGCCUGUGGCAAUUGUCCUGGGAAUGGAGGGCAAAGUGUUGUCCAUUUACGGACAUGCUAGGGUGAGGGGUUCUGGACGGGGGGAGGGCUGAAGAUUGCAGCGACAAGCCGUUAACGCUCCACUGUCACUUCCUGUUCCUCCUCGGCUAAGAAAGGGUGCAAAGAGGUUACUAAAUAGUAAGACUUGUAACAUAUUUCUCUCCGAUUGCAAUGGUCUUGACUCUUGAGAUGAGAUGUAGAAUCUAUAAAUGGUUGUGAAUGGUGAGGUUGCCAGAACACGGACACCAUCAAUAAUAGCUGUUUGUUUAGAAACUGCACUGGUUGCGUUGAGUUGACACUUUAGAAAUUGCAAGAUCCCUUCAUCGUGGCUAUAUGUUGAGGUGAACACUAGCUGUCUAGUCUCAAACCUGUAAGCAUCAAUGUUGUUUGUGGUCUUACCUUGUGGUCACACUGAAGUGUAGAUUCCCAUUUAGGAUCUCGGAACGUCUUCCGUUUCUCAUUGACUGAUCGACCCGUCUCGAGAUCUGUCUAGCUUCAAGCGUGGAUACAGCUCCAUUUUCUGUGUUUAGAUAUUUUUAUGUUUAUUUUGAGCAAUAUACACAUAUUCAAAAUGAAUGUGCACGCGGGUAAUUCACGUGGCCAUAAAAAUAUUUGCUUUGCGUCCGUGGACUUUUUAAUCACCAUUAAGCUGUUAGGUUAAAAAGGAUGUGCGCACAUUAUAGGCUCUUUAAAUAAACAUUUGAAGAAACAUCUGCAUUAAAUUAUGAUAGUAAUAAAACCUAGUAUUGGCUAAAUUGCUAAACUGUCAACCUGUUAUGUUUCUGGAGGCAAACGUUUAUUAACAAUCCCAACAUAUAUGAAAAGACAUUUUCAUUUAAUUAUGUUAAAUUCUAGUUGUAAACCUGAGAUGUUUCAAAUGACAACCCCAACUUUUUAAGACUGAGACAGCUCAAAAGAGAAGCCUUACAUGCUUUUGAAUUGAACGGUGGGGGUUUUCUGUAUCACUAAUCUCUCAUCUUCUCUGGGGAAUUCAGCUGUCCUCUAAACUUCACGAUUUAACACACGGACAGCAGACACAUAGGUGUGUGUGUGUGUGUGUGCAACAGGGAGACGGUAGGUGUGUAGGGUUAGUGUUCUAAUUGAUAAAACACACGACUAUUGUUUCGAGGAGAACAGUAUGCCAUGUAUCGUCUAUGGGCGUCCUCAGAUAACACCACUAAUCCACAGGGUGUCUGUUAGAUAAACUGGGUGUGGACCAUUCUUACUUUCAGUUCUUAGCUGAUUGUCGUUGCAUAAAGAAUAAAAG